UGUGUGUGUGUGUGUGUGUGUGUGUUUUGUUCGUUCUUUCACCAGAUCAUCCAUCCAUUUUCCUUCAUCUGCUCAAACUGGAACAGCGAGAUAGGCACACAGACUGCUAUCAAAUGCCCAGUAGAUUCUCUAAAGGAAAUAAAUAAAGCAAACACCGCACAAUUCUUCAAUGAUUUUCAAAAUCACUUUAUUAUUAUUUGGCGAUUUGACUGCAAAAAAAGGCAAAUUCAUUGUCAGAUUUCUAGUGAAAAAUAGAAUACUGUAGCCGUUGUGGCGGGCUCCACAGCGCCGUGUGUGGACAGACCAACCCCACCCGCUCCUCUCAGCAGCGCUAUCGCAGCCAGUCUCAAGUGCAGCCUAUACGAAGAGGCGGUGUAAGAAGAAAACUGUCAAAGAAACAUCUCCUCCUACGGGAAUAAUUUGCUCUAACGGGGAAAUAUGGAUGAAGGGCCGGAGCCCGUGACGGAUCCGGCCGAAGGUGCUUCGACGGCGCCCGUUGCGGAUCAGACCAGUCCAGUAAAGCUGGAUACCAAGGCUGAGACCGAGCACCAAGCACCGGCUAGAAGACAGAGCUGCUCCAGCACCAACAGGGAUGUACCUGUAACAAAGAAGACACACACAUCUCAAAUUGAGAGUAUCCCCUGUAAGAUCUGCGGCGAUAAAUCGUCAGGAAUCCACUAUGGCGUUAUCACUUGUGAGGGAUGUAAGGGAUUUUUCCGCCGGAGUCAGCAGGGCGCUGUGUCCUACUCAUGCCCUCGUCAGAAGAGCUGUCUGAUCGACCGCACCAGCCGAAACCGCUGCCAGCACUGCCGCCUACAGAAGUGCCUGGCAGUGGGCAUGUCACGAGACGCGGUAAAGUUUGGUCGCAUGUCAAAGAAGCAGAGAGACAGCUUAUUUGCAGAGGUUCAGAGGCACCGCCAGCAGCAGCAGCAAGAGAAACCAGCAGAGGAACCAGAGGAGGGGCAGGACCCGCCACCCGGAGAGGCGGAGCCACUGACACCCUCUUACGCCCUCUCCACCAAUGGGCUCACAGAACUCCCUGAUGACCUUGGUGGCUAUGUGAAUGGCCACACCACGGAUGAAGUGAAGGCGGACUCUGCAAUUGGUGGAUUCUACCUGGACAUUCAGCCCUCUCCUGACCAAUCAGGUCUAGAUAUGGAUGGCAUUAAGCUUGAGCCAGUGUGUGAUCUGAGCCCUGAAUCUGCCCUAGACCCUUACUGCUGUUAUAGCAGUGGAGACACAUCACCCACUGAUGCCAUGAGCGAAUUGGAGCAUCUGUCCGUGAACAUCUGUAAGUCGCACAUGGAGACAUGCCAGUAUCUGCGAGAGGAGCUGGAGCCCAGCAAAUGGCAAACUGUGUUGCAUACUGACCUGGAAACAUAUCAGAAGAAGUCUCAAGAAGAGAUGUGGCAGGUGUGUGCAGUUAAAGUGACAGAGGCUGUGCAGUAUGUGGUGGAGUUUGCCAAGCGAAUUGAUGGUUUCAUGGAGCUGUGUCAAAAUGAUCAGAUAGUACUGCUCAAAGCAGGUUCUUUAGAGGUAGUGUUUGUGAGGAUGUGCCGGGCCUAUGACUUUCAGAACAACACAGUCUAUUUUGAUGGCAAAUAUGCAAGUCCAGAAGUCUUCAAGUCCUUAGGCUGUGAUGACCUGAUCAGCUCUGUGUUUGAAUUUGCUAAGAGCAUGAGCUCUCUUCAGUUGACCGAGGAUGAGAUCGGCCUGUUCUCUGCAUUUGUACUCAUGUCUUCAGACCGAUCCUGGCUUCAGGAGAAAAGCAGAGUGGAGAAACUUCAGCAGAGGAUUCAGAUGGCCUUGCAGAACCUGCUCCAAAAGAACCAGAGAGAAGAGGGAGUCCUUGCAAAGCUGAUCUGUAAGGUGUCCACAGUUCGAGCGCUGUGCAGCAGACAUAUGGAGAAACUGAGCACCUUCCGAGCCCUCCACCCUGACAUGGUGCACACACGCUUCCCUCCACUUUACAAGGAGCUCUUCGGCUCAGACUUUGAGCAGGCCCUGCCCCAGGAGGCCUGACAGCAUCCAGGCAGCACCGUCAGGCCCUACAGACUAAAGAAACGUCCACAGAAAUGUCACUGACACAGUUUAGCCUCCAUUUAAUUACAGUUUCUACAGCAUCACAAAGCACCUCUACAAGCUUGACAGCACUACAGACUUCCCUCUUACCUGAAGACAUAGUGGUUGUCUGUGGAAAGAAGACUGGAAUCUUCUCAACUCAAGUGGACUCCGCUAGCCAGCACCAGCCUGCUCUGCCAUGUCUGUCUUUUCCCCAGUCCCACUGCCUACACAGAUAAAAUCUCAUAUAAGAGGAGGGAGAAGGCAUGGCACCAUGUUAGCUUAGCCAGAUGCGCCAUCUGCUGGUUAGAAAUAAUUGGGCACUGAUCAUAAAUUUUUAUGGCCGAUUCUGACUUUUUAAUGCCAAAUAAACUGUUCAUUUGUUCUCUGACAACUUUUUCACUGCAGACAUUACAGGUUGAUGUUCUUUUCACACAUUUCUAACAUUUCCAAAGAUCUGACAUUUUUGCCAAGGUAAAGCAAAAGCAUUCAAAUGCAGUGCAUGUGUACUUAGCCGGCUAACAUUAUUUACAUCAUAAACUCCAACACAGAUCGACCAAAAUAAAAAUAAAUAGGACUCUGGCUUUUUCCCAUUGUGCAUUCCCUUGUAAUAAAGUGCAAUUCUCCACUCUCAAACUCUGAUCGCCAGCAGUGUAGUUAUUAACACCCAAUGUUGGUGCUAAUGCCACAGCAGAACUCUUGCUUCACCCCCUUUCCGAGCACAUCCAGCAGCGACAUACUGUAAGCCGGUGUGAACCACAAUCUCCUGGCUGGGUGAGAACAGGGGAAACACACAUACAGUCAAAAACAAGCUGCAGGAGUCACAUUAUCUAGCCACAGUAGUGAAAAAUCCAGAUUCUGAAGGAACAUUCUGACGCUCUCAGUAAAGCAUGUAUGGUGUGGAGGACCCAAAAAACAGUAGCACUUUGUGUUUUCCCAGCAAUAACUAAUAAUGAAAUUCAUAUGUUGGACUGGCGUGGAUGAUUAAGUUGUGAUUAAAGAUCUACGAAGACUCGAUUUUGUUUAAUGGCUUUCUUUGAAGGCCAUCUCUUUUUGUUUGUAUUGUGUUGUGCCAUAGUGAAAGUGUUAGUAGGUCUCUGUAUAGCUGAGAUGAGGUUGGUGGAAAUCAGGGUGCUUCUAAUAGAUUUGAGGUGUGUCGACAUUCCAGGGAGCGGGGUCUUUGAUGAAGUUCAGAUUCGAAAGCAGACAAUUGGUGCCCUCCCCAGGAUUGUGCGAUUUUGUUCAGGACUUUGGCAUCCUGUGCUACAAGUACAACUCGUCAGGGAAGAGGAGAGGAGACAUAAACAAUUUUACAGUCCGUGUUCUAGCUGUUCAUUUGCUACUCCAGUGUUUCCAUAGUUGCCCCUCUUCUGGGCGGUUUUCACUGUGUUUUGUUAUCCCCUGGAAUUUCAGCCCCAUGUCUGCACUUAUUAUCACAUCGUCGAAACCAAAUUGGACCCAUUCGACUUAAAUGUUAAAGCAAUAGGCCUAUUUAACUGAAACAUGCCUAUCUGUACCUGGUGUGUUUUUGUAAGGGCUGGCUCUGCAAUAUGUGUACUGUUGUUAUUAGCAUCAGUUUUUGUGAAAGACAAUCCAUUAAACAUUUGACCUCAUAAAUGGGUAUUUGGGAAAUGCUCAGGGAUUCUAAUAUGCUAUCGCAGAAAGAGAUAGAGAAACCAAAUGGGUAACAGUAAUACAGUAACUACUGUAAAAAAAGCAACACCUGCAGAAGUACAAUGAAAUGUGGUAAAAUUGGUAAAGAUCAGGGUCAACAGUUAUUUAGUAAAUACGAAACGUUAGCCAAACCAAGAAAGAAAAGCAAUAAUGGUAACAAGGUAUUACUUUUGCGAAUGAAAAUUGCAUGCAUUUGCUUUAAACACAGAACCUGUGUGGUUUUCAUUUUGUUUGUUUUUUGAUUGCUCAAACUCUCCUUGAUGUUGUCCAUUCUGUCCUGUGUUCUUAAGAGACCUAAGACAGUCUGUGUGCUAUCCCAUGUCACUUUUUAUUCGAAAUAACACCUACUUUUGACUCUUGGUAAAAGUUCUCUUUGUCAGCUACUCACGUUACAGCAAAUUAAUGGUUAGUGAAUGAAACAGAGCUUGAUUAAAGCAUUGAUUUUUAAUGUGUUUUAAUUAUCCUCAUCGUUAUGGACAGUCAGUAUUGAUGAUAAGUACAUUUUUAUGAUGCUGAGCUGUAAUGUGUAUGGUUAUGUUGCGCUAGUCCAGAGGACUGGAAUAUUCUCUUUUCCAUGUGCUGGUCGAUGAGUAGUUGUUCUAUACUCCAAGCAGUAUUGUAAUUCUCUUUGACUGGUUUUGGGCAUGAGCACUUAAUCUUUCUGUAUAUGUACGUUUUUCAGUAUCACAGUAAUACAGUCUUUGUAAAGUUCUCAUUUUUCACAGGUAAAAAGACCAAAACUUUUGUAUAACAUGCACGCCAUGAUAUGCUGAUUUGUGACUAAUAUGCUAAUGAUUUGAUUACGUUACAGUUUUUAAUCAAAUAAUAACUCACCUUAGAAGAAUCAGGUUUUACCUCUGGACCUUUUUCUGUCAUGACAGUUGAUCAAAUUGUUUUUAUUUUAAUCCCUUAAGCACUCUUGAUCUUGUCUCGAGUAGCCAUCUAGCAAUAGUCUGUUCCUUCCCUAUAAAUGUAAGUAUUUUGUUGGUUUUGUAUAUACACCUGUAAAAAAGUCUGAAAUGUAAUGUUUUCUUUGAGAUACGGUUUAAUCUAAACUGAAUGUUGUGAAGUUGUAUUUAGAAAGGUUACCUCCUAAAUGGCUUUUAUGAAAGGCGCAUGUCACACAUUGUCAAAUAGUGUGUUGAAGGUGCUGAUAGAAAUAAAAAUCUCACAACUUGUGAUGAAAACGCACA